AUGUCUUUAGCAUGGCUUCCCAAUUAUGCGAUGUUUGACGAACUCAGGCGAAUGGACGUCCGACAGGUUUUCUAUCAAUUUCUGAAUUUUGCCAUGGUAGUUUCGUCUGCAUUAAUGAUUUGGAAGGGAAUGAUGGUUCUAACGGGAGCAGAUAGUCCAGUUGUCGUCGUUCUCUCAGGUUCAAUGGAACCCGCUUUCUAUCGCGGUGAUCUGCUUCUUCUUACCAACGAUCGUACCGAUCCCGUCCGUGCUGGUGAUAUCACUGUGUUUAAGAUUGAAGGAAGGGAAAUUCCAAUUGUUCAUAGAGUCAUUAAGGUUCACGAAAAGGAUGAUGAGAAUACAAAAAUUUUGACGAAGGGAGAUAAUAACCAAGUUGAUGAUCGCGGACUAUAUGCUCCGGGACAAUUGUGGUUAACCAGAAAUGACAUCGUCGGACGAACGAAGGGUAUUCUUCCAUACGUUGGAAUGGUGACAAUUAUUAUGAACGACUAUCCAAAUUUCAAAUACGCCGUGCUUGGUCUUCUUGCUGCGUUUGUCUUGCUCCACAAGGAAAAAUAA